GUGUGUGUGUGUGUGUGUGUGUGUGUGUGUGUGUGUGUGUGUGUGUGUGUGUGUGUGUGUGUGUGUGUGUGUGUCUUGGACUUCAUUGUCAUCACUCACUAAGAAGUACAAACAAUGUGGCACCUUGUAGUAAAUCUGUGGGCAGCUCUCAAAAAGCUGUGUUAUUGUGCAUGGAGAGCAGUGAGGGAAGCCAUUAAUCUUGACAAUCGGAAAAAGUUAUAGGCUUCUGUGGUUAUUUUUGGAGAAGAUAUGCUUGGUGCAUGGACUGUUGCAUUGCCAGCCACAGCUUCAUGUUGAAUGGAGCUAAGAAAGAUUUUUAUACAAGAAAACUAAUCAAAUCUAGGCUUUAGUGUUUUUUGACUGUCUAACUGCAUAUUAAUUUCCCCACAUGGAUAAUGCACUUUGCUGAUAAUUUUUGGUGCAAAAAAAAAAAGUCACAGUGAAAGCUUCUGCAAAGCCAAGCAUUUCAAGGGUCCACUUCCUGCAUAUGACAGGUGCUGAACUAAAACUAGUUUGCAGACACUCAGGCAUGAAACAGGAAGUCUUCUCUGAACCACCCAAUGCGGUUUUCCAAAUAUGAUUCUGUGUGAGAAAGAUUCUUGCAUUGUGUCCUUCAAAGCACAAUGAAUACCACAUUUUGCCCUCGUGUCAGCUUUGAUGUUAGUAGCAAAUUCUUGCCGCCUGUUUUUAUUUUGGUGUUCAUCGUUGGCCUGGCAGCUAAUGCUUGGGGACUGAAGUCCUUGCUGCAGAAAUGGAAGAAACUGGGAAAUGUCAGUGUUUUUGUUCUCAACCUUGGAAUUGCUGAUGUUUUGUACCUGCUCACGCUCCCGUUUUUGGUGGUGUACUACUUCAAGAAGAGCACGUGGAUCUUUGGAGAUGCAUUCUGCAAAAUAACAAGAUUUUGCUUCAACAUGAAUUUGUAUGGAAGCAUUGGAUUUCUCACUUGUAUAAGCGUGUACAGGUACUUGGCGAUUGUUCAUCCACUGACACUGAGUCGAAGAAUAACUGUUACCCACUCUGUGGCUGUUUCAAUCAUGGUGUGGCUUCUGGUGGUGAGUCAAAGUCUUCCAGAUAUGUUCUUCACAAAAACUUUCAGAAACAAGCCUGGGAAAUGUUACGAGACCACAGAUACGAUCCAUGUGGAGAAGUACCUGAAAUACAGCCUUGGAUGGACCUUCACUGGUUUUUGCAUCCCGUUACUCAUCACGCUGGGCUGCUACGGGCACGUGGUUGUCAUUCUCUUCCAGAAAAAUACCAUUGACAGGGCACUAAAACAGAAAUGCUUGAAGUUGUUGUUCUUCUCGAUUGUUCUCUUCUCUCUUUGUUACAUCCCUUAUCAUAUAUUAAAAAACCUCAACCUCAGGGUGAGAGUUUUGUUGAAAUGGAAGAUGUGUUACCAAUGGUUUAAUGGAGUCUACAUCGCUCAUCAGAUAAGUCGUGGCCUCGUGUGCCUGAACAGUGCACUCAACCCACUGGUUUUCCUCCAUGGCAUUGAAGACAUUUCUCAUCAGGUCACACAGCUGCUCCAGCAAGUUUGUGAGACAUUUAACCAUCAGUCAGUCUGUAGUUGUGUGACCAUACCACAUAUUGCAAAUGAUGUUGAUGCAACUUAAAAAAAAAAAAAAAAAUACUUAUCUUGGUCAGCGUUUCCCCUAGAAUUUUUUUCAGUCCUGGUGGCACUAACUGACACCACCCCCACUUUAAAUGGAGUGGUGCAUGGUGCAGAACAACGUGAGGCUCUGAAAUGCAAAAGCUAAAGUAAAGUGUUAUGUUCAUUAUGUAUGGAAUUCUACCAUAGUCCUGCAAAGCUUGAUUUUUGAUUCAGCAUCGCUAACCACCCCAUCUCCAACUGUAUGGGAGCAAACAUUAUAUUUGGGUAUAAAUAAAAUUUUACUUGCAUAUUUCUUGGCAGAAUCCUUCCAGUCAUCACUUGCAGAUUUAAGGGUGCAUGGUCCACUUUUUUCUAGAAGCAGGUCAAACUAAUGGAAGCCUAGUCCAACAUGGCCCAUGGGCUCCAUAUUAGGAGUAUUGAUUAAAAUGCUGCACUGAGCAUGUCCCUGGUCUGCUCAUCGUAACAAAACCAUCAUGCUGACCACAUUUUCCUUUGGCAGUGCAGCUGUCUGGUAAGAAACAACAUAAUGAGAAGGAGUUUCAAAGACAUAUCACAAGAUCGAGCACUUUGUGAUAAAAGAUUUCUGUGACAGAAAAAAUAUAUAUUGCUGGAGGGAGGAGAUGGUGGGGAGUCCAACUUUUGUUAUGUCCAACUUUUGUUAUGUUGCUAGGAGUCAAACCCUAUUAUAUCUACUCGUCUGUCAGAUUCUGACUUCUGACACCUUCGAUUGAAAGCUUUGACUGUUCACUUUAAUUGAUGCUGGAUGGCUAUUAGCGCUGCAGUGAUUAUACAAAUGCUUCGCUGAAAUUAAUAUUGAUUCCCAAAUUAAUGGAUACUUUGUCUUAUUUUCAUCAUUUCAAUCAUGUUAUUUUUUCAGUGGUGUUGUUAAAAAUAUAUUUCUGGCCUGGCUGGGGUUCUCCUUGGCCUGGUGGGCUGCCAGGCCUAUAUUAAUGCAGGGGAUACACCAUUGAUGGUUAUGCUUAUUUGUGUCACACUUUACUCAGUGUGUGCCUUUCUGCAUGAAAAUCUGUAAUACAAUUUGCUGUUGAAAUUUUUCAUUAAAAAGAAAAUUCAUGUCAAAAAAGUCUAGAUACGUAUGUUGCCGAUUUGUUUCAGGAAGCUUUGCACAUUAGGGACGUUGUAUAUGUUAAGAGAAUGUAAAUUUUAUUUGGAAUUGAAGUCUUGUAGCCUGACAAGUCUUCAGCAAUCAUCAGCACUAAUAGUUAUCAACCGUCUGCAGAUGGUCCAGAAUGCAUCUGCAAGAAUUUUAACUAAAAACGUAAAAAACAAACAAACAAACAGCAGUCUGCUCUACUUAGGAGUCAAUGGGCUGCAGGGAUGUUUUUAUAUUGUGCUCCACUGAUACGGAAAAAUCUGUCUGCCAAAAUUAGACAGUCAAAUUCAGUUAAUUCCUUUAAAUCUCGACUGAACACAUCUGUUCUCUGUUUGUUAGAAUUAGUGCAUUUUUGGGGUGUGAUGUGACAGCAGUUCAGAUUUAGUGCUGGGUGGAUUUUCUUUUAUUUCUUAUUGAUUUUAAUGUUUCUGACUGUUUUCAUUGCGGUGUAGUCCUUAUUUUAAUUGCCUGUUGUCCUGUGUACUGUUGUGCAUUUAUUGAUGUUGUAGCACUUGGUGACGGGCGCGAUACAAAUAAAAUAACCACACAUCAUUCCAGCUCGGCUGCUGGUGUAACUACAAAUAAAUGACGGAUGUUCCUGAGAAAAGCAGUACAUUCUUUGAGCGAAACAAAAUGCAUCAUGGGGAAGCCACACCCCCUUUAUUGAUCCAACUUUCAAAUGUCACUUCAUCCACCAUCUGGACAUAGAUUUGCAGUAUUCUACCAUAUUGAAU